GUCGUUUUCCACUUGCUUUCUAGACCGCUCUGUUCCCCGGCUCUGUCGCUGUUUUUUCUCUGCGUCUACCCUGUUCUCUCUCUCGUCCGACUUUGUGUGGGAUAUGUGCGCAGAGCGACCGUGCGACUCCACGACGCAGGCAGACGGGUGAAGCAGGAUUCGCUCUUCGUUUCCGGCUUCCCUUCCUUCAGCCGUCUGUCGUCUGCCGUUGGACUUGAGCUCUGAACUGCAUCAGGUGUGUGCGUUCCACUUCUCAGCCAGGAGCGUUUCGCCCUGUCGAAGGUCUGCGCUGCUCCGUCCAGCGACGGUGUGUCUAGCGCAACACAAAAAGACGAGAGCCUCCACGAAUUGACAAAAGACGAAGGCAGCGCGAGGCACUCGAUGCAGACCCCCCAUGCAACAGCGAAAAAAAGAGAAAAAUGACUACUCCUUUCGUUUCUCCUCCUUCUGCUUCGCAGUCCUGGACCGCGAGACAUGUUCCAGUUUUGCGCUUCAGACCUGUGUGUGCGUUCGUCGUCUCCUCGCCCCUGUACGCCACUGUCCAGCCUUCGCGGAAGCUCUCUUCGUCGUCCUCGCUCGCGUUUCGUUCUCCCGUUUUCAAAGCGUUUCCUCCCGCUGCGCACCCUUCGCCUGCCAAGACGUCGCCGGGGCGAAGGUCGCUGGCGAUAUUCUCCCUCGGGGUGCUCUGCGGAGCUGCGGUGUCUUGGUUGGCCACAAGACAGCUCCCAGAUGGCUGGGCGCCGACACAGAGCUUUCUUUUGGGCUCGCACGCCAAGACGCUUCCUGGCGACCAGGAGGGAGGCGACGAAGAAGGCGUGACGUCCGAAAGGCCUUUGUCUGCUGCUCAGUUGGCACAUGCAGCUGCGCCGAACAGAGAAGAGAAGGCGACGGCUGGAGAUGCAGUCGUUCACUAUCCGUCCGCCCUGUUGCCCUCAGCGGAGCGCCUCCUCUUGUCCACAGGCUUCGCGUCUCUGGUCUCCACCGCUCACAGACAGCCGCUCUACGUUGCGGAGCGUCUCGGCGCCGCGCUCGCCUCCGACGACGGACAGGCGCUUCAGAAAGGAGACAGAGGGCCGGCGACAGACGCGGGAGACGAGACCGGCGAGGAAGAGAGACACUCAGAGGCAGAUGGAGAGACAGACGCGGACGCAGAUGGAGAGCCAGAGACGCGAACUGAGGAGGCUCCGUACGGCACCGGACGACGGGGCUGCUCCAGUGACGACUCAGGAAGCCACGAAUGCAGCUCGCUAGGUCGCCGACGCUCGAAAGCGAUCCUGCGGCGAAAGGGAGAGAGAGCGACAGGCGGAGUCGACCGAAAGGCUCUGUUGUUUCGACAAGACCCCCGAGUCGACAAACUGUGGAGCCCCGACAGGACCGACUAUAUCCAUUCGGGAUACAGCAAGGGGCAUCUGGCGGCUGUCGCUCUACACAAGGACAGCCUCGAGGAGCUUGAAAGCACCUUUUCUAUCGGUGCAAACAUCAUUCCUCAAGAACAGUCUGUCAAUGCUGGACAAUGGUUCAAGCUGGAGCAGCUCACAAGAUUCCUGGCACAGGUCUACGAAGAUGUCUACAUCGUCUCGGGUCCUCUCUGGAUCCCCCACGACCUCUCGACUCGCACACCCCUCGUCACACUCGUUCGCAGUCCAACUUCUGCGUCUGCCUCUGGACCAAGUCGCUCGGCCUCUGCGCCGGCGUCCACUAAGAGUGGAGAGGGCGGGGAGUCAAAUGCCGCAGCGGUCCAGACUGGGCGAGAUCUCUGGCCGAGAAGAGUCUUUUUUCGCGACUUUCAGGCAAGGGAUUCUCCGGCGUUUGAGCGGAAGGCCCAGGGCAGUGCCCCGGCCGCAGCGCGAGACGGAGAUCCGCGCACAGAAAGCGGCUGGACGUCGGGGGACAUCGGGGAGGGAGGAGACGAAAGAGGCGAAAAAGGCAGACUUCGGCACGCGGAGAGCGAUGCGCACUCGAGUACGGACAGCAGGAAACCGAGGGAAGACUUGAAGUGGCGAUCGACGGCGUUUUUGGGUCUGUCGACGAGGCAGCGAAACACAGAAAGGCCGGGAGAAGUCUCCAGGAGGACUCAUGCGUCGAGGACGUUUGCGUGCAUGAGACCCUACGACGGCGCUCCAGAGUUCUUCCCCGUCCCGAUUGAGGCUCUCACAGGAUCUGCUUUCCCUUCUUCUUCUCCUUCGCAUUCCGAGUUCUCCUUUUCUUCUCCUUCACCUGCGUUUCCCUCCCUCCCGGCUUCUUUGCCGUCCCCCGACGGCGUCGAUACGUUUGCCUGGAGCUUCCCUGCAUGUCGCCAGGCUCUUGCGGAGCACCACCGCGACCCCCCAAACCCUCAGACGCCUUCUUCGUCGUCUUCUUCUUCAUCUUCUUCUUCGUCUUCUUCGUCUUCAUCUUCUUCUUCGUCUGCUGCUGCCCGCCGUGGAGAAAAGGCGACUCCGCUGCACAUGAGCUACGAAGUGAUCGGUCCACGCUUGGUUCCGGUCCCCACACACCUCUUCAAAGUCGUUUUGGCUGUAGGACCGCGGAGGACGAAGCACGGAAUGCGGCAGGGAUCUGGAGACGCGGUCGGCGUCCCUGCGCCGGCUUCGGCUGAGGAGGAGAGAGUCAGGCUCGACCUUCCCGCAGUCGCCAUGGGCGCCUUCGUCAUGCCAAACGAGAAAGUCGACACAGCGCUCGACUUGCGUGCGUUCCGUGUGCCGCUCGAGUUCGUCGAGUGGAUCAGCGGCCUCGAGUUCAAGGGCCUCGUGGACUUCGCUCGCGAAAGGACUCGGGCGGCGCGCCUGCCCAAAGAAGGCGCCUCCUUUGGGCAGGCGCGCCGGCCGGCGUCUCCACUCAGCUCGAACGAGCAUGGCGCUGCCAGCGUGCGAGCCGGCAGAGAAAGCGGGGAUCCCAGCAUGCCGGACAAGGUGCCUGAGCCCGGAGAGUCGGGUGAGAGUUUCGGGGAGACAAACAGUGCGUCCGCUUUUCCGGCGACCGAGGGGCGUCGGCGACGACGCGAGAAAAAAGAAACUUCGCGCUUUCUGCGCUCGAUUGAUCUCUGUAGAACCAUGGAAUUUGCGUCGACGCAGAGGUCACGAGACAGUGACGAAGAAAGGACACAAACGGUUUCUGCAAAUGCUGUUCAGUCCCCUCUGCAUCAGGAAGAAGACGAGCACUCUGCGAGGGCGUUGGGGGACAACAGAAAGGCAUACAAGAAGCAACAAGGACAAGCUUCCGUGCAAAGAAGGCAAAGUCUGCCGACGGGCGUCAGCCUCUGCGAACCACAGGGAUUAAAGCUUCUUCGCGCAGCUUCGGGGUUGUCUUCGCGUCGCCGUUCGGCCAGUGCCCAGCGAACGCGCAGUGGAGCCGCGGAAGAUGGCGAACACGGAAAGAGAGAAGAAUCAAAAGAGUGAAGGCGGGAAGGGGGAAAGCGAGAAUAAGUGGGAAGGCCGGAACAGUGAGAGAGGGACAACGAAGAAGAAAAAAGAGAGAAUACACAAAAAGGUAGAGGGAACAGAGAAUGACCGGAAGGAAAGAGAGAUGGAAACAAGGAGUCAACCGAACAAACUGGAGUCUCCAUAUGGAUGUGAAGAGAAGAAUUUGUGCCAUCUCAAGAGAAUGCGUGCAAGUGAGAGACGACGCCGCGCAGGAGGAAACAAGACGAACACAGGGGACGAGAGCAGCAAGCAACGGUGGAGUGAAGAGUGCGACAGGCAGAAGAUGAGUCAAUUUUCAAACUUUUGCAGCUCGCAGAGAAACCGUCAGGUGUAAGAACGAGGACAGAGAAAGGUUGUCCGUGUCACGUUGUAUAGGUCGAAGCGAAUCUGUGAAACUACCGACUGUGGAGCGGAAGGCACACACGCCCUGUCAAUGUUUUCUAAAGUCUCCUUCGAAUGUCCGUGAUGCGGACUUCUUUCGUGCAACGGGUCGGCGUCUCCGCUGUUCUGUUGUUUUUCAACAUGGAAAUGAGAAAGCUGUUCCACACUGGCUAUCAAAAUGCACUGCG